AUGGCAUCCUCAACGAGUGCUGUAAACAGCAAUAACCUCGUUAUCCCACUAGUAAACUUCUCCCACUUCCUCCACGGCACGCCCUCCCAACGCCUCUCAACCGCGCAAGCUAUCCUCCACGGUUUCCAAACCGCCGGCUUCAUCUACCUAACCCACACACCGAUCCCUCCCUCCACCCUCCAAACCACCUUCAAAACAUCCGCAUCCUUCUUCUCGCGCUCGCAACCCUACAAAGAAGCGCUGGGCUGGACAACCCCCGAAUCAAACCGGGGCUACGUCUCCCACGGGCGCGAAAAAGUAAGCACGCUCCUCGACAAAGACUCCGUGGCUGCGUCCCGCGCGCAGGCACCAGACUUAAAAGAGAGUUUCGAGAUUGGGCGGGAGGGCGCGGAGGGGGCGCCUAAUAACUGGCCCGACGAUGAUUCCGAGUUUAAAGGGGUGAUGACUGGGUUUUUCGGGUUGUGUAAGGAAUUGCAUGUGCAGGUAAUGCGCGCGAUAGCCGUGGGGAUGGGGUUGGAGGAGGGGUAUUUCGAUGGGUAUACGGAUGUGGGGGAUAAUACGCUGCGGUUGUUGCAUUAUCCUGAGGUGAAGAAGGAUGUGUUUGCGAAGAAUAAGAUGCAGGUUAGGGCGGGGGAGCAUACGGACUAUGGGAGUAUCACGCUGUUGUUCCAGGAUGAGAGGGGUGGGUUGCAGGUUAAGAGUCCGGAUGGCACGUUUGUGGAUGCGACGCCGAUUCCUGGGACGGUGGUGGUUAAUGCGGGGGAUCUGUUGGCGAGGUGGAGUAAUGAUACGAUUAAGAGUACGUUGCAUAGGGUGGUCGAACCGCCUGCGCCGGAGGAGGGUGAUGUGCAUCCGCCGAGAUAUAGUAUCGCUUAUUUCUGUAAUCCGAAUUUUGAGAGGAGGAUUGAGGCGAUUGAGGGGACGUAUGGGAUGGGGCGGGAGAGGAAGUAUGAGGGGAUCAAUUCGGGGGAGUAUUUGGUGCAGAGGUUGGCUGCUACUUAUUAG